GCAUAGGCGCGCUGUAAACUUCCCCUCAUUCCCACUCACUUGAAAUACGGCGCAGCAGAGCAGCAGGGCAGUGCUGUGGUCUCUCUCGAUCUUUUGGGAAAAUAAAAGAUGGUAUCACCUCUAACUCGUCUGCUGCUCCUCACAUGCGUGAUUCUACCUUUCCAUGGAGCAGAGAAAUUGAGAAAGGGACUUGACAGGAAGGAUGUUGAAUACGAAAAGUGUACUGGAAACGAUGCAGACAAACCAAACUGCACCAGAAUCUCUGCUGAAUCCGAUUCAAGAUCCUCUUAUUUGAACAACAUGUACAACAGCUGCCCCCAGGGUCCGGCUGGCACCCCGGGCAGGGAGGGUAAUCCUGGCUCCAAUGGCAUCCCUGGGACCCCUGGCAUCCCGGGGCGCGAUGGCAUCAAGGGGGAGAAAGGAGAGUGUGUGAGUGAGGUGUUUGAGGAGCCCUGGAAACCCAACUACAAGCAGUGUGCCUGGAACUCACUCAACUAUGGGAUCGACCUGGGCAAGAUAGCUGACUGUACAUUCACCAAGCUGCGUUCAGACAGUGCCCUGCGUGUGCUCUUCAGCGGCUCCCUGAGGCUGAAGUGUAAGACAGCCUGCUGCCAGCGUUGGUACUUCACCUUCAACGGAGCUGAGUGUACAGGACCUCUGCCCAUCGAGUUCAUCAUCUACCUAGACCAAGGCAGCCCUGAGCUCAACUCCACCAUCAACAUACACAGAACCUCAUCUGGUAAGAAAUUAUACCACCAACAUGCACAGCUCAUCCGGUAA